UUAAACAAUCAAAGCAGCUUGAUAAGGCACAAAUAGAUCUUGUACAACAAAAUUAUAUUCAAGAAAAGGAUGUUAAAAUUGUUCAAUUUAAUCAGUUAUUAGCUCUUGAUAUAGAUAAAGAAAUUGGUUCAGAAGAAGAAAAUAAAAAUAAAGAAAUUGAUAAAUCUAUAAUAAAA